AGCCUGUCAGUGAGGGAGGCACAGGCACAGGGCCACAGGGUGAGGCACUGGCAGAGAUUUUGCAACUGGCUGCCAGGGCUGAGAGGCCCCGCCUCCGGAGCAGGGAAUGCCCCGCUCCUCGGUGCACUUGGGAUGGGUGGAGAGGGCUGUGUCGGGAACCUGUGCCCGACAUGAGUCUACUUAGGCCAUGAAACCAGCAAGGGGUCUGUAGGGCCCUGCCCGUGACUCUGGGGGCCAUCUGCCUUCCAUCCAGGCCCUGGGGUCCCUUAUCAGUCUUUCGGGGUGCCUCUUAGCAAAGCUCAGCAGGCCCAGGAAGUGGCCGGGUGAACCACCCAUGGGUGCCUGGCUGGCACAGUAGAGUCGCCACAUUCCAGGCUCUUGGCUGGCAGGGCAGGAGACACUGAGCCAAGGCAGACAGGUUUCUCCUCCUCCCCCGGGAGGCCAGGGGCCCCGAAGAUGGAGGAACAGGUGUUCAAGGGGGACCCGGACACCCCUCAUUCCAUCUCCUUCUCGGGGAGCGGGUUCCUUUCCUACUACCAAGCUGGGGCCGUGGACGCUCUGCGAGACCUGGCCCCGAGGAUGCUGGACACGGCGCACCGCUUUGCAGGGACGUCAGCUGGAGCAGUGAUCGCAGCCCUGGUCAUCUGUGGGAUUGAAAUGGAGGAGUACCUCAGAGUGCUGAACGCCGGCCUGGCCGAGGUGAAGAAGUACUUCCUGGGACCUCUGUCCCCAUCCUGCAAGAUGGUUCAGAUGAUGCGACAGUUUUUGUACAACGUGCUGCCCGAAGACUCCUACAAGUUCGCCACCGGGAAGCUGCACGUGAGCCUCACCAGAGUCACGGACGGAGAGAACGUGGUGGUCUCAGAGUACAGGUCCAAGGAGGAGCUCAUCGAGGCCCUGUACUGCAGCUGCUUUGUUCCUGUCUACUGCGGCUUCAUCCCCCCGACCUACCGGGGUGAGAGGUAUAUUGAUGGUGGCUUCACCAGCAUGCAGCCCUGUGCCUUCUGGACGGACUCCAUCACCAUCUCCACCUUCAGCAGCCAGCAAGAUAUCUGUCCGAGAGAUUGCCCUGCCAUCUUCCACGACUUCCGGAUGUUCAACUUCUCCUUCCAGUUCUCCCUGGAGAACAUCACCCGCAUGACACAUGCGUUGUUCCCCCCAGACCUGGUGACCCUGCAGGAUUACUACUAUCGGGGCUAUGACGAUGCCGUUUCAUACCUGCGGAGGCUGAACGCUGUGUACCUUGACUCUCCCAGCAAGAGGGUGAUUUUCCCGAGGGUGGAAGUGUACUGCCAGAUAGAGGUCGCCCUUGGCCAUGAGCCCCCAGCUCAAAAUCAGCCGAGCCUCCCAACCCAGAGGGGCCGCCAUGAAGACUCCUCACAACCCCAUGUACAGGGGCCUCCCAAAGAGGACAGAAAGGGUGGCCAUUCUCCAGCUUCUCCGCCAGUGCAGACACCGGAAUCCAGGGUCAGGGGGGUUGUGGAGUCACCCCAGCCCACCCCGGCCCCACCCCAGCCAUGCCCAGUAAUGAGGCCGGGGCCGCCCACUGGCCCCAGUGACGUUUGCCCAAUGAAUCUUCGACCUCCAAACCUGAAGCAAGGAGUGAAGGGCGGCCAUGAACUGGACAUGGCCACCGACCACGGCCAAGGCACAAAAAACCUACCGCCAGUGUUGCUCACCUCGCCCUCAGCUGCGGACACACACAGCUCAAAGGCUGGAUCACCAAUGCCUGCUACAGCGCCUGAAUCCCUUGGUCAUUCUGGACUGCUGCUCAGACACUCCCACGCAGCCACGGCAGCCACGGCAGCCACGGCAGCCACGGCAGCCACGGCAGCCACGGCAGCCCCUGGACUUCUGCCCUCCAGUCCUUCACCACCACCUGCCCUGGCACCUGUGGAGGAGCUGGGCCCAGAGCAGCCCACAGCCGCAGGGCCUCCCGCCUCUUCACCGCUGACCGACUCAGAAGCACCCGGCACCAGGAAGCAAGCGCCGCCGAAGCCUCUGCUGGACAGUCCUGCUGUGGAUUCAAACAGGACAAAAAAGAUGUUCAAGAAGAAACAGAAGACAAAUGCCACCAGAGAGUGCUUCCAGAGAACCCCUCGGUCCAAGAAGCCAGCUAGCAAAGUACAGUCUGCUGCUUGCCCAAUGGACUUUCCUGUACUCUCCACUUCUAAGACAGUUUGGGUCACCUACAAGCCUCAUCCCAACCGGAUCCAAGAAUACAGCUGCCCUGAGGGACUAGGUGGACAGAACUCCUAGGCUGAAGCAGGAGAGACCCCAGUGACCUGGAGCCCAGGUCCAGCCUCCCACCCAAGGCAGCCGGUCUUGGGACCAGGGGAUGCCCUGAGCCACCCUGCACUGCAGUGUGUUUCUUUGUUUGAAGAGUCUCCAGCCCACUGAAGUCUCCAUUUAUAAUCCCUGGAACCCCCUCCCCAAGCUGUUCCCUGGGAUCCCCCGAGGGAGGGACCUGACUAGCAUUCUGGGCUUUAGGGUGUUUUCAGCUCCCUCCCCCUGGAAUUAUGUGGCUCAGCCAUGCUGACCAGCAGCCACGGACUUUCUGAGUCUUGGAGUAGCAGUGAAAGAUGUCAAGGACCAAAUGUCCCUUCCCCCAGCACCAGUGAGGACAGAGUGUCUUUCACGAGGCUGUCACCGUGACCCACAAGGAAGAUAUCCUAAGCCUCGUUGGGUGAUGCUUUGGGGGACAUGUAAAACUAAACAUCUGCACUCAAGCUGGCCUGGUACAGCAGCCCCAAAAUGGUUUGUUCAAGUUCAUCGUGAGGGGUAAAGAUAAGAAAAGCAGUUCCCUGGAGAGCUGCGUUCCUGAGGCCACCAGCCAAGCCCCUGUGGCUCUUGUUAAUCCCACCGGGCAAGAAUAAGACCACUGCCACAAUUUCUGAGCUAAAUUUGAAGCAAGCUUUAUUAAAAACAGGCCAGGACAAUGGGUACUGGCCAGGUCCAUAUCUGGGAUUUCCAGAGAAUGUCCAUGAAUUACCUUAGUUCAGUGUAAAACACCCAAGGCUACAGACUCCCCACCUUUGUCCAAUCAGGGGCAAGCAUACAUACACACACACACACACACACACACACACACACACACCCGCCUCAUGUGAUCACACAUGUCCUGUGCAGUUGGGGCAACCAACCUUGUUUACAGAAGUGGAAACACACGGCCUGUUACCUUACAAGAACAGCAGCCUCCAGCACCUCAGGAAGUCAUCUGUCCUUGGGCCGGUGGGGCUCACAGGUUAGAGACAUUUGUGUUUUAUAGAUCUCUUAAGCAUAGUAAUUUAAACUAAAACGUAACUUUAGCCCUCACACUCCAGGUCUCCAGCAGAACUGAUGCAGAUCCUGUAAGAGCACUGAAUGGAAAAGAGAGAGAGAGAGAGAGAGAGAAAGGAGGACGUGACUGCUCCCAGCUAUGGUAGAGGAGAAGGUUUAUAGUAGAUAUACAGGAGAAAACAGCCAGAGGCAUCAGGAAGAGUCCAGAGUGAACAUGGCCUUGAUCCAAGCCAUGAGGAGGAGAUGGGGUGGGGGAGAGAACCAGGAGCCAAGAGGCCAAAAGGACCCCAUGGCCCAAAUGUCUGGAUUAUAUAGGAAAGAGCAGCUGGGGGAAAGGGUAUCCCAGCCCCUGGAUUGGAGAGUUCAGGGUAGAGGGCAGGGUAUGCCAGCCAGGAGGGCCCUGUGACAGGUAGGGACUGAGGGAUGCUGGGAGACCCUGGCAGCCAGCAUCUGCUUGGAUACAUUAGUAGGCAUCUCAGCCCUUUGUCCCAGGUUUGAGGCCUACCAAGCACUAUCUCAGGUUGAAGCAGUCCAGAUGACCACAGGCUUAGCUGACACGAAGCACAGAUACAUCAAACCCUGAGCAGAUUGGGGUUGCAUGCUUGCCUGCACCCCAUGCUUGCCUGCACCCCAUGCCUGUCUCUACAGACACUGGCUGUGGGAAGGAUGGCUUGGUUUGCCUAAGUCUGCUGUGAAGAAAGACUCUCCUGAAGCUUGCUGCCAGGUGGAGUCGCUCUGGCUAGGGUUCAGAGGACAGGCCUCACUACAAACCUCAACAUUUCCAGGCCGUGCCCCCACGGCUCCCUAGAAAGGAAACCGCCCCGGCAAGGAGGCCCAGGCUGCCCGCAGGCUCCAGCAGUAUUUGUUUAACAAAUACUCAAAUGUAAAACCCAGAACUGACGCUGAUGCUCAGCUGUAAAUUGGACUUGGCCACUGAGGACCCAGGGGUAAACGUAAGCAGAGAAAGGGGGACCCUGUGACAAGGAGGCCUUGGAGGAGCCUAAACGUAACAGUCGUUUCAGGGGACCAAACGGGCUUUGAAAAGCAAGCAAAGAAUCAAGGUUCAGAGAGGGACCUGGCGGCUCAACUCUAAAGGAACAGGAGUUCAAGGUCAUCCUAGGCUACCUAGUGAGUUAGGGAUUAGCUUGGGCUACAUAAGACUCUGUCUCAAAUGUGAUAGCCUCCGUACCACCCACCCACUGCCAACAUAAAAUUGAGACCCCUGAUGUCUGGCAGGGAUGCUCUGGCUGAUCCAGUGGUAUAAGCCAUGUGGCGCGGGAGCUGGAGUUUAGCAUGUGGCCACAGGUCCCCAAGAUAUAACUUUCAUCUGAGUGUGAGGACCUUCAUCUACAGGAGAGUCCUUCUCAACCCAGAAAUAACAGUUCCCUGGCACAGGGUACUCAGCCGCCAUUAACGACUGUCUUCCCUCAGAGCGAGUAGUCAAGCCCAGACGCUUCCAACGUCACCAUUAUCCCAAGGAUCCUGGGCCCCUUGCAGACUCUCUUGGCUUGUGUUCAUUUCUCCUGUUUUGAGGUGAUGGAGAGAGAUCUUUGUUCUAGUUCCAGGAUUGGCAGAUGAAACACAGGACAGCUUGUGAGUGAAACUCUCAGGUAAACACGGAACAAUUAUUUUCAUGGCGGUAUGUGCCCAAAAUUAUAGUCAUUUACCUGAAAUUGAAA